AUGUCUGCUGCAGAUCGUCGUGAAAUCGUCGUCAUUGGCGGUGGUAUAAUUGGAUGCUGCUCAGCAUACUUCCUCACAAGACACCCCUCCUACGACCCAACCUGUCAUAAAAUCACCCUCCUCGAAGCCACCGAUAUAGCCGGCGGGGCAUCUGGCAAAGCCGGCGGAUUACUCGCGCAAUGGGCGUAUCCGAACAACCUCGUAGACCUCAGCUUCCCACUACACGCCCAACUUGCAAAAGAACACGAUGGGAAAAACAGAUGGGGUUACCGAGAGACAAACUGCGGCCAAAUCGUCGUCCGAGGCCGCGCAAUGACCGACAAACCCGCCAACAACAACAACAAACCCUCCGGCGAAUCCCUACAGAAACGCAGCACGGCCGCAAUGUCGAAACUCAAGUCCUCUAACACACCCGAGGAUCUUGACUGGAUUGAACCAGAUCUUAUACGCGCCUACGAGAGUAUGAGCGGACCUGGUGAAACAGCCCAGGUCCACCCGUACCUCUUUACCACGUCCAUGGCCAAACUAGCAGAAGAGAAAGGCGCGGAAAUUAUCCUGAGGACAAACGGCGCAGUCGAGUCUGUCACAUAUAUCGACAAAGCCUCUGGAGACUCACGCACCAUCCCAGCAACAGAUGUCAUUGUCGCCGCAGGACCAUGGACUAGCACCGUCCUCCCCGAAGCGCCCAUUGCAGCAAUGCGUGCUCACAGCGUUGUCAUCCGCCCAACUCGGCCGGUUAGUGCAUAUGCGCUUUUUACGAAUAUCGAGCUCCCGGCCAAUUUUAACCCGAGUGUUAAGUCGAGGGCUACGGCGACGGCACCGGAGAUCUAUGCGCGUCCGGAUGAUACUAUUUAUGCUUGUGGGGAUGGUGAUAAGCUUGUCCCUUUGCCUGCGACUUCUGCGGAUGUGGAGGUUGAUCUGGAACGGUGUCAGGAGAUUGUUGAUCAUGUUGGGAGUAUUUCUGAUGAGUUGCGGGAUGGGACGGUUCAGGUUCGACAGGCUUGUUACUUGCCUAAUAGUACGGGGUUUGGGGGGCCUUUGGUUGGAUUGACUCAUGAUAAGGGGUUGUAUCUUGCUUCUGGACAUACUUGCUGGGGGAUUCAGAAUGGUCCUGGUACGGGGAAGUUGAUGAGUGAGUUUUCCAUUGAUGCCCGUGCAAAGAUGCGACUUGUCGGUUUCUCCCUAUUAACAUCGGUCCUCUAUGCGACCGGGAUCUCAGCAAACAAUGAUCCCACCGAUGCCUCCAUCCUAAUCAACGAGGCCGCUCGCGCCAACAACCACUCCCUGCUAUGGGGCCCCUACAAGUCCAACCUGUACUUCGGAGUACGCCCUCGCAUUGCGAACAGUCUCGCUGCGGGAUUGAUGUGGGCCAAGGUCGAUGACUUUGCCACCGCGCAGCAGAACUUCAGACACACCUGCGAACAAAAUGAGGGUAUGGCUGGAUAUGGAUGGGACGAAUACGAUGUGCGGAAAGGUGGACGCGAGACUAUCCACGAUGCUGGCAACAGUCUAGACCUCACGAUUGAUUUCGUCAAGGUACCUGGCGGCCAGCAUGGUGGUAGCUGGGGAUUCCGCGUCAAGGGCACCCCUCGUGAAGACGGUAGCCCUGACCAGCCCACAACGAUGAUCUUCUAUACGACCCUUGAAGGACUCGGCGAAGUAGGCGUUGAUAUGGACACUGCUUCCUCGAGCUCUCCGCUUGACGGCGACUUGAAAUUCAAUGGCUACUCCUCGGAGCUGGGCGACUUCUCCAUCGAUGUCACCUCUGGCCCGGAGAGUAAUGAAUAUUUCAGUCACAGCCACCCUACUAAUGGUGAGAAGCCAUUGGGGCAGGGUAUCGUGUCAAGUGCGACUAUGCCGCAGCAGGCUCUCUGGCAAGCUAAAGGCAUUCUGUUCACUCAAAUGAAGGGCGAGGUUGAAAAGACCAUCGAGCAGCAUGGAACGGAUAACCCCCCUCCUCCGGCACAGCUGUUUACUAUUCCUCACAUUCCUGGACAGGGUAAUGUUCACAUGGUCCAGAAGGUCUUCACUGGCGCAUUCGAGUUUGAUGUUCUUUUCUCUUCCGGAUCGGCCUCUGAGCCCAUGACUUCGGAUAUUCUCAACAAGGAGCUCAAGGACGCCUCCCUUUCGUUUUCGCAGAGGUUUAAGGAAGUCCUGGAGCCAAAGACGCCCUUCAAGUCGGAAGAGUAUUCGAAAUUCUCCAAGGCUAUGCUCUCCAACUUGAUUGGUGGUGUUGGAUUCUUCCACGGUGACGAUGUCGUCGACCGCUCCGCCUCUCCUGCUUAUGACGAAGAAAACGAAGGCUUCUGGGAGGAGACUGCCCAGGCGAGGGCUGCCGCACAGCCCGUAUUCGAGGGCCCCAAGGACCUCUUUACCUGCGUUCCUUCUCGGCCAUUCUUCCCUCGAGGUUUCCUCUGGGAUGAGGGUUUCCACCUGAUGCCUGUCAUGGAAUAUGACUCUGAUCUUGCUCUCGAGAUCAUCAAGAGUUGGUUCCACCUGAUGGACGAGGACGGAUGGAUCGCCCGUGAACAGAUCCUGGGCCAGGAAGCCCGCAGCAAGGUUCCGCAAGAAUUCACAAUUCAAUAUCCCCACUACGCCAACCCUCCUACUCUUUUCAUGGCCUUGGAAGCUUUCAUGGACAAAGCGAGAACCAACAAGAACAAGAGCGACGAGUCGGAAUCUCUCGAUAUUCCCGAUGUAGCAGAGAACCUCCGCACCGCGACCCUGCGAAACCCCGAACUAUCCGAAGCCUACCUCCGCUCCUUUUACCCCCUGAUGAAGAGACAUUACAACUGGUUCCGCAACACCCAACGCGGCGAUAUCAAAUCAUAUGACCGCGAGGCAUUCUCUACCAAGGAAGCCUACCGCUGGCGCGGCCGCUCUGAGCAGCACAUCCUAACCUCUGGCAUCGACGACUACCCUCGCGCCCAGCCGCCUCACCCGGGUGAACUGCACGUGGAUUUGAUCAGCUGGAUGGGUAUGAUGACUCGUACACUGCGCCGUAUCGCCGAGACCCUGGGCGAGGAAGAUGAUGCGGAGGAAUUCGCUUACUACCAGAACGCUAUUACUCGCAACAUUGACGAUCUGCACUGGAACGAGAAGGAGCAGACUUUCUGCGACGCUACUAUCGAUGAAUUCGAGGAGAGCGUUCACGUCUGCCAUAAGGGUUAUAUUUCUAUUUUCCCCUUCCUUACUGGCAUGCUUGGACCUGAUAGUCCCCGCCUCAAGGCUGUUCUGGAUCUCAUCCAUGACCCCGAAGAGUUGUGGAGUGACUACGGUAUUCGCAGUUUGAGUAAGAAGGAUAAGUUUUAUGGUACCGAGGAGAAUUAUUGGAGAAGUCCCAUCUGGAUGCCUAUUAACUAUUUGGUCUUGAAGAAUCUCUACGAUACCGCCAUCACAAAGGGUCCUCACCAGGACCAAGCGCGGGAAAUGUACUCUCAGCUGCGUAAGAACCUGGUCGAGAACAUCUUCAAGGAGUGGAAGGAAACCGGUUUCGCCUGGGAACAGUAUAAUCCAGACACGGGUAAGGGGCAGCGAACUCAGCACUUUACCGGCUGGACCAGUAUGGUGGUGAACAUGAUGUCCAUGCCUGAUCUCAGCGAGAGUGCAAACAAGCACAAGCACUCCGAGUCGCAUGACGAGCUGUAG